AUCGCUUAAGAUGUGCCAUUACAUUUGCGUGGUAACUGUAAACAAAUGUCCUCAAACCGUGUUUAGUGAAAACAACGUGUAUAUAGUGUGAAAGUUAUUAUGAAAACAUGUCAGACCUUAAUCGGAUAUUCUAUGAGCUUAAGUCGGAGUUCGCACAAAACGUGGAAUGGACUGAUGUGGAAGAUUGGCAUUGCGAUGAUGACGACCAGUUGACAGGACAAAGAGCCCAAAAAUUCUGGGCCCUGCCCAUGUGCCGGCAGGAUUUGCAACGACAGGAUAAUCAAUUACAAACGCUAAGGGAACUUGCGCAAUGCAUCAGAUUGAUGCGAUCAAGUGAUAUCGAGAGUGACACUCGAUUCGACAUUAUCAAUGAUAAUUGGGCUAAAAUCGAGAACAUUGCGCCCAAGGAUUAUUUGACAUAUAUUUAUGCAUUAUCGAGUUUAGCGUUCUUGCCACACGACUUGGUGCAACAUGCUCCUCAGCCAAUAAAUGAGAAUGUAAACGUUCAUCUGGCGCUCAAUGCAGUUAGCACGUAUUUCCUAAGCCUCACCAUUCCAGGCGCCAAAAGUUACGGCGUGUUCGAUGAGGGCGUCAUCGAGCAUUGUCUCCGUGUUUUUCGCCUGCUGGAAAAUUAUUCCAAUUCCAGUCCGCUAGCUAACAAUAUAUGGAUAUUAUUUCUAACAAUUUGUGAUGAUCUCAAACUCGUCUUUCGCUAUGUCCACUUCAAAGAUCAUCUAAAGCCACGCGAUAAUAUAGUGCGUUGCCUGCUGACCAUACUCUAUAUGAAUUUCAGACAAGGCUAUAAUAACGCAUGUGCACCCCAAUUACAUGCGAAAUGUUUUGAAUUGUUAGACGAGAUAACCAUUGCGCAAAAUGGAGACGUAUACGAGACUUUGAUGCAUAUAAUGACGGAAACGUUUUAUAUGCAUAUUUAUCCCGAAAACACGAAGGGUUCUGGUCCAAAAAGUGGCGAACAUAUUUCAGACUGGUUUAUCAAGCUAUUGGACAAGUAUCCUGAUAUAUUGUCAAUAGUAUUGGAAAAUUACAUUGAAUGCGUGAUAACAAAUCCUAUUAAAGAGUGGAAAGUUGGUGAUGAGAAAAUUGCUAUUGGAUAUGCGGCCAAAUAUGAUGCAGCUCUCUAUUCCAAAUGCAACAAAUCCUGCACAGAUUUGCUACUUCAAGCAAUACAAGCAGAUGACGCAGUGGGCUUACAGUUGAGAUCUCUCGAGCUGAUUGAACGCAUUUUGCAGCAUCAGACACAGGUGGAGUGGCGCAUCUUUCGACACGAUGUAUCCACUAAACCCAGAGAAGUUGCUUUGAUCAGAGAGACAAUUCGCUGUCUCGAUGACAAAACUUUCAGCGUGCGUCGCAAGGCCAGCCAGGUGCUAACCUUAGCCAUUAGGAACGGUUCGCCCAUCACAACCCGAAUACUCCAUGAGGUCAUCAAUUUUGUUCAAUACGAUGAUCUAGAAUCAAAAGCUAAAUUGAAUUCUCGACAAACUGAGAUCAGUCUCGAAAGGCCUGAUAAUUUACAUUAUGUCUAUAGCUUUGAGGGCUUCGAGGAACUGGAAGCGGAGGUUAAGAGAAUGCCACGAUUGAUUUACGAUCGCUUUCUUAUGUCUAGCAAUGGAUUAGCUCGUUGCUCGGGCCUAGCUUUGCUGGAGCGUCUGAUUCAAAUUAAUAACCGAAUUUUAUACAACACGCAUUUUGAGCGAGAGAUAUCAGCGCUAGCCACUGACACGCUUUCUUCAGUGCGGAAAACAACACUGGAAACCAUAGACGCUCUACUCCAGACCUACAGCAACUGUUCCAUACUCGUCGAUGUCUAUUGUCGGAUUUGGUCCUGCAUGCUGAAUGAUGAUGAUGCUCAAUUGCAGAAGCUUGCAUUGCAUAGCUUCAAUCGUAAUGUGUUGCUGAACAUCAAGCCGCUGGAGUAUUCAAAUGAAUCAAAACAUCUGCUGCCCUGGCACAUUCUGACCACAUUAUUAGCUACCCAACCUCGUGAUUAUUUACAGCUGAGAUUCAAUUUGUUGCUGCAGAAUGAGAAUCUGGUUACACCAACAUUGGUAAAUACAAUUAUCUCACACUUGAAUACGCCCAUGGCAACGGAAGCAUGGACACUACUUCUUCUCAUAUCUAGUCGCAUUACAAACAAUUUGGAUUCGAUUAUACCAACGUUUGAUCGCCUCUCGUCGUACAAUAUGAAGUCUAAUCAGGUCUUGGCACUUCAGUUGAUCAUCUACUGUCUGUCCAACUUUUCGAAAGCAUCGCUUAAUCAGCUCUUUAAAUGUCUGCUCUCCCUGAUGAGCACGGGCAGCAUUUGGCUGGAAGUGAUCUCCCCUGCAAUGCUGCUGUUGCAUCAUAUCGACCAACUGUCGCAUAGCCAGGCGCCGCAGAAUAGUGCGUCCGUUGAGAAUUGGCAAGUACAGUUGCUAGAGGAUGUGACGGCUGCGACCAAGGAAUGCAUGGAAAACUUUCAAACGGAUCACAUACGAAUGGCCUCGUUGCUGGCUACCUACAGCGAACUGAUUGUGAUGAUACCGCACGAAGCGGAUGAGAAAAUCAUCGACUUUGUGCUCGGCUAUGUGAAAUUGUGCAUGAGCUUGAACGAAUCUAGUUUCGAUACGGAUAACGAACGUAUGAUGAACUGGAUGGUUGUGAUAGCAGGACGGCUCUCCCUACGAGACAAUGAUCUAGCAUAUAAGGUGGCCAAAAUGUAUGGCCAAAUACUGAGCAAAAAUGACAGACCCCAAUUGAUUAACAGCACGCUGAUUUGCCUCAACGAUCUGGGCAAGAAAUAUCCCACAAUUCUGGAAAGCAACAUGAAAUGCAUACUGGUCAAAUUGUCCUCGAAAUACGCGACAACACGCGUGCGCACCUAUCGCUGUGUCAAGGACGUCAUUCUGGCUGGCAAUAUUAAAUUGAAGGGCUCCAUUUUAGUCUCUCUGCUGGCUGGACUGGUCGAUGAUAGCAUCGAGGUGGCACGCGAGGCAGAUGCAUUUUUUAUACGUUAUAAGAAACUGUAUGACAAGUCGCUGUUUCAUCAUUGUCUGAAGGAGAUUCCCUUCGAUUUGAAUGAUCAGGCGUUUCUAACCGGAUCGGUUCGCCUGGAAGCGGGCUUCAAGUCGCCAUUAAAAGGACCAAAUAAAAGAAAACUCCGACGACUAUUAUAUAAUCACAUUCUCGCCGCAUUAGAUGAAAAUACGCUCUUAUUAUACUUUGGACAGCUUAAGCUAUUAGCUGAGAAAACAAAGGAUGCGUCAUUUAUUGAACUGCCCAAUGCCUUGGAAGUUGUCAUCGAUCUACUCUUUAUAAUGCGUCGAAUAUGCUUUUGUACCAAGAGCAAGUGGCAACAGGGCGCAGGCCAGGGCGAAGGCGAAGACGAUGACACCCCACAUGAGGAAGAACCGCCUCCAGCUCCAAUUACACCGGCAGAGCAGUCACCAGCAACUGAUAAUGCGGCAGGUAGGGGACGUGGACGAGGCGCACGAAAACGAGAAAUGGGCGAAGAGCCGCUCAAGCAACUGGAGCGCUGUCUGCGCUACGUGGAGGAAAUUCAUCGCAAUUUGCGAAAUUAUAUGAGCUCUGAUCUGCAUCGGGAGUUCAAUAAAUUCUGCCGUGCCAUGACAAUGCGCUUUGCCAAUUUGACGGACUUUGCACAGCCGGCGCAUUUCUGGCAAAAGUACAAAACAAAAUCCGGACCGAAAUCCAAGCGACGUCGUCUCAACGAGGAGGGCGACGAUGCGGAUGGCGGCGAUUCAACGGAAAGCAACAGCGAUACGGACAGUGAUCUGCCGCUGGAACGGCACAAGAAUGUGUCCUCUGCAGCAGACGGCGCAGAGGUCAAGGAUAGCUAUGACAUGCUGGCCACUGAGCUGAUCUUUCAGCCGCUGGACUGGUAGAGAAUAUUCUAAGAUAUAUAUAAAUGCAUUUAUAAGCCUCUAAAGUAUCUCAAAUACGUAAUGAAUCUAUCUGUAAAAUGAAUUUAUUUUGACCAGUUAAAUACAUUUAUUGUUAUAUAUUUCAUUAAGAAUUCGAAUUAUAGUCUAUAAGUUAUUUUGUAUAUUUUGUAAAUAAAAGCAAACAAGUAAAUCUA